AUGCCUCCUCGCAGGUCGCGGGGCGCAGCGCGCGCUGUAAUCACCCCCAUGAGGACACCGACUCCCGCGGCGCAAGAGCAAUCGGACGAAGAGAUGGUGGACGGCGAAGAGUCGCGCGUCGAGAGCCAACAGGAAGACGAAGAGGAAGGAGAGGAAGAUGGCGGAACCCCUGCGCAGGAGUCCGACGGCCAGCAAGCAUCAGACCGCUCUUCACCUCGCGAAGUCCAACCCUUUCCACGGAAACGUCGCCUGGGAAGACCGCCCAAGAACAGACCUUCAGAUUGGCCCAAUACAGACCCCAACACGGAUGGAGGUUCAGAUAGAGGUACCCCGCAGAGGCGCAGGCGUGGCCGACCAUCGACAGGCGGAUUCCGUGGACGGCCUCGCGGCGGCCCGUCGCACGUCACUCGCGUACCCAUCGACAAGGAGGGAAACACGGUGGAGGUUAUAGACGACGAGGUUGCGCUUCCAGAAGACCCAGAAGGCGAACAGAAGGUCGACAAACUGGGCAAUCUGCUCGGUGGGAGAGACUACCGUGUCCGUGUGUUCACAAUCAUGGGUCGAGGUGAGAGAAAAUACAUGCUGUCUACGGAGCCUGCUCGUUGCACGGGCUUUCGGGACAGCUACUUGUUCUUCAACAAGCACAUGCAGCUUUACAAAAUCAUCGUAGAAGAGGCGGAAAAGCGCGAUCUCAUCGCGCGAGACAUUAUCCCGCACUCCUACAAAGGGCGUGCUAUUGGUGUUGUGACUGCGAGGUCUGUGUUUCGAGAGUUCGGUGCGCGCAUCAUCAUCGGAGGCAAGAAGGUCAUAGACGACUACUAUGCUCAAGCUGCAAGAGACCGGGGUGAUGUCGAAGGAGAGAUAGCAGAUCCAAACGACAAGCUCCCGCCUCCCAGUGAGCCUUACAACAAGAAUCAGUACGUGGCCUGGCACGGCGCGAGUAGUGUAUAUCACACCGGAGUUCCCAGCGUGCCGGUUGCGAACGGCAAGGUCAUCCCGGGGAAGCGCAAGCUCAACAUCACAUCAGCCAACUGGCAGUUUGAGCAUGCGCGCGCUGCAAGCCGUUACAAUUCAGCGCUUGCAGCCAGCCGCCGGUUCAACCUUGAAGGCGUGUACGAUCCGCACACUAACCUAGUGUUCCUUCCGAAGAUCAUGCAGCCUUCCCAUGCCAAGUGGGAGGAAGUUCUGCCCCCUCAAACCGGGAACGGCCCUGCAUCAAGCGAUCGGGCUGUGCCGUCCAUCUUCUCACCAGUACCACCAGUUGUGUCUCGGAACUUCCUAAUAACGGAUAUCCAGUUCGUCUCGCCGCCGAUUGCAGGCUUAGGUGUGCCUGGCCCGGAUGGGGAUUUCCAUGACACUGGCAUUAAUGGGCUUGCGAAUCUGCCGUCUGCAAUACUGGAGGAACUACCGGCAGAAUGCCGACAAGCGUUCGAGAAUGCGAAGAUGCAAGAACGAGAAUGGAAGAGCUCGUUCGGCACCGAGUCGCACGAUGGCGCUAGGGCUCAGCUGAAAAUUGGGUUUGCAGGCGUUCCGGUCUGA